AUGGUUGGAUUGUCCAGGUGGAACGCCACCCUAUUGGGCACCCUCUUUGCCUCCCUGCUGCAGAACGCACUGCCCCGAGCCCAAUCUGCUCGUCGCGGAAGGAACCUCUCCGAGCUGUCACUCUUUUUGGAAAAUUUUAAUGGACAAAGCAAGGAACGCAUGAGCAGGAAUCUUCCAGGUGGGAAAGGCAUGUACGGAAAUGGGGAAGGGGAUGAAGGGAAUGAAGACAAAGAAGCGGAGGAAGAGGAGGAGUGGAAGGAGGAAAAGAACGAUUACAGGCGAGACGACGAGUGGAGGAAGAAAAACCAGGAUAUGAAGCGCAGAUACGAAUACGAUGGAAGCGAAGACAAUCUAAGCAAUGCCCAUCACUACAAUGAGCAUCUAAAACGGCAUAGCAACGACAGAAGAAAUUGCAGUAUAUUCCCCCACAGCGAUGCAUAUUCAGAUGAAAAUGAUUCCCUCAGUGACGACUUUGUAUUUAAGUUUAGCAAAAAUGGGCAACUACCAUGUGGAUGCACCAAAAGAGAUAUAAGCACGUACUUAACCAAUGAUCAGAUUUAUUUUUUUGUCACGCAUUUUUUUUACCUAAAUAGAAGAGAAACAUUUAUAGCCUACUACUACUACAUAACAUUUCUGAACAGAGUUUAUGCUCAGUCGAUGAGGAACUUAAAACAGUGGUAUACCGAUUUGGCAAGGUUCUAUGGUCUUCCAGAGAACCUCCGAAGAAAAUAUUGGGAGGAAUGCAGAUCAGCCAUGAUUAAAGACUUAAGGAAAAUAGAACUAAUGAGUAAAUUCUACUUCUUCGAAACGCUGAGUACCCACAGCAGAAUAUUUAUUUUCAGGUUUAAUAUGCUUCUCCGUCGGUGUUCUCUACUGUGGAGAGAUACCAAGCGCUAUAACAAGAGGAAGUGGACCUUCAUUUUGCACAACAAGCUAGAGAUUUAUAGAAGGGCAGCCUAUAGAAGAGGCGGUUAUGUGCAGAGGCAGCUAUCGUGGGGGCAGUUAGCGGCAUGA